AUGCCUUGGUCUUUCGCUCUUCCCCAGGCUAUCUUUGGCUCGCCGAUUUUGGCUGUGGCAACCCCAAUUACCGCGGGCACCGCUGUCGCUCUCCUGACCAAUCGAAAGCGGAACCGUUCUACCUACAACCAGCUCCAACAGCCACCCUACAGCCCACCCGGUUGGCUAUUCGCACCUGCCUGGACUCUCCUAUAUGGAUUGAUGGGAUACGCCUCUCACCACGCCACCACUGUGGCCUCCCAAUCCUUCUCCCUUGCAGCUCGCGAUGCACACACCACUGCGCAGACCCUCUAUACCACACAAUUAGGCUUGAACUUCAUGUGGAUGCCACUGUUCUUCCGCCUCGGACGACCCGCCUUGGCUCUCGGAGAUUUGACCUUACUAGCCGGCAACGUGGGGGCCCUUAUGGCCAACUGGUGGACAGGCGACCGGACCGCAUUCUGGUGCCUCGUUCCUUAUGCUAUCUGGCUAGGAUAUGCCGCGUACCUCAACAUUGGUGUUGGGAUUUUGAAUAAUUGGACCCUCCCUCAAAAAGAGCGGUCAGAGUAA